ACGAAAACAAGGAAAACAAAAACAGGUAAAAACCUCUUGCAUCAAAAGGAGCAGAAGCCGCAACACGGAGAGGAGAGGCCCUGCAAGCACGCAUAACACGUGGCAGAAGGGAGAUGACUCGAAUUUAUGACGACAUAUGGAAGACCCACUACUCAAUUCCUGCCGGAUAAAAUUCAAAAUUAGGAAAAAAUUAGGUCACAGAUUUAGGAUCGAUCGAGUCAGCUUUCUUGCUUGCCUGCUUGCUAGCUGACGAGAGGAUGGGCCGUAAGAAAGUGGAGCUAAAACGAAUUGAAAACAAGAGCAGUCGCCAAGUUACUUUCUCAAAGAGGCGAAAUGGAUUGUUCAAGAAAGCUCGUGAACUCUCCGUUCUUUGUGACGUACAAGUCGCCAUCCUUGUCUUUUCAAGUUGCGACAAGCUUUAUGAAUUCUCUAGCGUUGGCAGUACAACCAAUAUCCUCAAGCGUUACACGAGCCAUUUUAAAAAAAAAACAACUUCAUCCAAAGAUGCUAAUCAUGCAGAGGUAUAUUAUGGUAAGCAUGCGAACUUGAAAUCACUUGCAAAGCUGCUUCUAAUGGUUGAAAGGAACCUUGAAGGUCCAUAUGCUAUGGAGUUGACCUUGGGUGACCUUGUGGAACUAGAGAAACAACUGCAUGUUACUCUAACACAUGUCAGAGAUAGAAAGAUACAAAUGAUGUUGGAAUCAGUGAAGUCCCUCCACGACCAGGAAAAGAUGUUGAAAGAAGAAAACCAGCUGCUAGAGAAACAGAUUGUAGCAAUGAAGAACGGUAAAGACUCGGAUCACCCUCUGUAUCAUCCUCCACAACAAACGACACUGAGUUUGCUUAAAUAGUGAGGCAGCACAUGCAGUGUGAUAACUUACCGCUGGAGGCGGCUAUAAUGGCAGGCAAUCUAGUUACCUCUUCGAUCUCACAUGCAUGCACUAGCCCAUUUUACCUUCAUUAUCUUCCUGCCGAAGUUGCAUUUCCACCGUUUCUGCUUCUCUUCUCUUUCUUAUUUGAGCUGAUGUUUAAGUAUCCUCCACCCUCCCAAGCAUUUUAACUCUGUUUCCAAACAUUUCCAUUUAUUCAAAAGCAUAUAUUUAUCAUUGACUGCAUUCUAUUAAGCCCCGAUACAUAGUGUUCCACUAUGGCAUGUGUUAACGUUCAUUGUCAAUAAAUGAAUUUGAGGAACUUGCACUAGACGUUCAUUUGCAACAUUGGAAAAUUGGAUUGUAAAGAUACAUAACAUUCAUAUAUGUGUGCUCGCGCGCUCGCCCAUGUGCAUGCAUGGUUUAUUUAACUCAAAUUCAUGGAAAUAUAUAUUUAAAAAUAACAAAGUACAUAUAAAUCCCGCGAUACGAAAAAUUCAUCCGGAUUAAUCUUGAAGGAGAAGUUCAAGGACAUCAAUUAUCCUUCCUAUUUCCUCCUGUCGCUAAUCCAUGCCAUCCAGUUGCCUGCAUCCAACCCAUUUACCUUUGUGAUUAUUUCAUAUUAUCAAUGUGAAAUUACAGGAUUUUUCAAAUUUCAGAUUCAGUGCAACUGUGCAGGGAAUUAUUAUUGUUUUAAUCUCAUAACUGUCGUGCAUGUCUAAUUUACAGAGAUUGAUUUUCUUCCUCCUCAACUCCCUUUGUGGAUCAUAUGCAGAGGAGUAGACGACAGAAUAAGAUGCUACCUACCUACACGUAUUCUUGACUAAUGAUACGUUCAUGGGGAGCAUAAAGAAAGCAGACGUCUUAACCUUUUAGUUAUUAUCAUGUCUGCUUUGAAUAGCAAAAUAAACAUGUUCGGGAGAGAGAGAGAGAGGAAGCUCAGAGUUUUUGGCAGUUUGAAUGCUUACUGAUUGUGGCAUUCCAUGCAUUUGCAAAGAACCAAAGCUAGUAGCUAUAUGGUAACAACGUUUUUUUGUGG